GUUUAAGUGUCAUAACUGAAAAACCCAUUUCUGUGGUUACAAUGAAUGGUAAGGAGAACUUUGGGGAUGGGCAUAACUUCCGCUAAAGCCUGACCCUAUGUCUACACACUCUCUGGAAGAGGUGUCUGUGGGGGACAGUGGUCAGCGGCACGAGAAACAUCACAGAAGUCUUCCAGCAAAGUAGAUGAGGAGGGCCUAGAACUUGCCGUUUGUCGACAUGGUGUUCUUCUUUGUGCCCUUAAUAUGUUCAGGGGGGAGGUUUUUGCUUACCCUCUGUACCUCCAGAAAAAAAUGGCUUGUAAGCCAGUGAAAUUCUUUGCUAUGGAUGUUGCGUGCAAGUAUUGGCCUUACCUCAAAAGAGUGAGUGAGAAAUGCCCUGAGCUUCAGGAUCUGCUCUCAAUUAAGCCGUUUCUUUCAGUGUUUCAUGCUAAAGCCCAUGACUUCAAAUGCGAGGUAAAAUGGAGUGGGGCGUACCAGGAGGGGGCUGGUUUGACUCUUGGGGAGGAGGUGGAGCAGUGUAAUGCCUUCCUUUCAAGAAUUGCUGUUACCACUAAGCACAUGGCAAAAGCAGUACGCACAGACAUGCUCACAGUCAUGGCCAUGCGCUGGAAUCAGCAAAAGAUGAGCAACUUGGCUUCCACACUUGCCCGCCGAUAUCAAAAGGCCACAAUAGCCCUGCAAAGACAGUUGCAGAGCCUGGAGAUCAUGAAAACUGAAAUGGCAGUCACAGAUGAUCAACUGCAGGGCUGGAUCACUGAUGUCAAUGAGUGGGCAGAAGCAAAUUUCCUACUUCUCUUCCUAUCAGGGACAACAUCCUCAACUGAUUCUGAUGUUGCUGCUGUGGCCAGACGAAUUGAGGAGCUGGUCACCAGUAUUAAAAGGAGAUCACAACGUCUUUAUAAAGACAAUGAUGGCUGCAAGGGUCGUGCCCGGAUACGCAGAAAGAUCAGGGAGGAAAAGACGCUUUUAAAUUCUGUGGUGGUUCAAUAUAACGCCAUGGUUCCCAAUGCAGAAAACCUGGAUUUGGACACCGUUCUUUCAGAUGACAUCAUUUGGCCAUGGCAGCUUCCACACAAUGACUCUGUAGGUCUAAGGACAAAAAGGAAGGCAUUUGACAUGGUAAUGGCAGUAAGGAGGCUUGAGGAAGAGAAAAAGAUUCUCAUUACUGAGAUGGAAAAACAUUGGACAUCUCUUUGCACCCGUGCAGACACCCUGAAAGAGAUGUCAUCCCAGCUUUGCAGUACCACAUCAAAUGGGAAGAAAGACCACUACCGUGCAGACUUGUAG